AUGACCGUUGAGACGUCUCAAACGACUCUUAGAAAGAGGCAAUGGAGAGAGCCUGUGGCUUCUGAGACGUCUCGAAAGACGAGGCGACAGAGGAGGUGGAGACAGCAUGCGGCUCCUUACAGCCUCGUGCUCGCCCUAGCCUUUCUUCCGCCCCCCCUGGGGACCUCCGCUUCCCCCCUCGCGCCCUUCCUAGAUGUCACCUUCUCAGACGCCCUCUGUGGCACCUGGGCGACAGACUACGCCGCCCUGCACGCGCGCAUCCGCGAAACCGCCCGCUCUCACGCCCCCACCCUCGCCCAAACCGCUGCCGCCGCCGCCAACGCUGCCGCCGCUGCUGCUACCGGUGACCCAUCCAUUCGUUUCCUAACCUUCGAAUGGUUAGACGAGCCUGGAGGCUUGGGGGAUUAUAUCACUGGGCUAGCCACGGCUUUUGCCUGCGCGCUCCUCACGCGCCGAGCCUUCAUCGUCCGGCACCCGUACCUCCCGCUCGCGUUCGCGCCGAACCUCGUGGAUUGGUCGUUCGGGCCGGACGUGCCUUAUGAGCCGGCUCGGAAGCUGACGGUUGAUGAAGUAUUGGCUAGAGUGGGAGAGAAGGGAGGGGGAGGAGAAGGUGGAGAAGGAGGAAGGGGAGGAGGGGGGGGAGGAGGAGGAGGAGAGAAGGGAGAGUUGGUGCAGGAGGGGGAGGUGGUGAUAGUGAAUCUGAGGAACCGGUUUGUGGAACCAGAGGAAUUCUUUGCGGUGCUGGAUGGUGCGAUGAAUAUUCGAGUGUCGUGGAACAGGGGUCUGCUGACGUACCUGCUCGCACAGGUGAGGGGGAGUGGUGUGUCGCCCAGGUGA